ACAAGUGCCGCGUCACAAAUUUGCCCAUUUUAGCGCGCGCGUAAUCGGUAGAGUGUCUCCAGCGGGCGCGCAAUAACCACGCGCGCGGCAUAUAGAGUUGGCGCACGGUCCGAAUCGCCAUCGGGCGCUGCGUAUUUGGGGCGCCCGCUUCCGCGCGCGGCACACACGAGCGCUCGCGCCGCACUCUCUCCACCGCGCCACCUUCGCCCCGCACGCGCCGGCGCCGGCAAACUGACGCGAUGGACGCACGCGCCGGCACCCCUCUCACCCCAUCCUACAGCCGCGAACCCUCCACCGCCGCAGCCGCUGCCGUCGCCGCCGCCGCAAACCCUAGCGCUGGGAGCGUUGGCCUCGCCUCCGCCGGAGCUCCUCCGAGCAUCGGCCUCGCGCGCGGCCUCUUCAUGCCGCCGCGGAUGACCUCGGCGGCGGGUGGCGUCGCGCCGGCGCCCGCCGUGAUGAAGCCACGUGCACCCCCCUCGAAGCUCCCAAAUGCGGCGCGACCAAAGAAGGGCAAGACAUCCGCGAAGAAGAACAAGGCGGCGGACGGCUCCGGCACCUCGAAGGUGUCGAGGAAGAAGCUUGCAGGGCGUGGUGGCUACCGAAGCGCCGGCGAGCUCACUUGUUGAGUCGGCGGCCGACGCGCACAAUGUGUUCGACGAUAUGCCCCAAAGUGUCAACGAUGAUGCAUACAUGUCAACUAUGGGUGUUGGCUCCAACAAUUCGCAUUGGUAUCAAACCAAUGACAUGCAUUUCGAAGACCAUGAGUUCGAGGUGGACGAGGAUGGUGAGGGCAUUGUCGACGCACCGAAAGGAAGAGGAGGCAACUACACCAACGACGAAGACGUCGUGCUAUGCAAAACUUGGUUGGAUAUGUCGAGGGAUCCAUCCGUUGGAGGUGAUCAAAGUAGAGAUGCUUAUUGGCUCCGGAUGAAAGAACACUUUGAUCUUCGCAACGUGAGUGAAAUUGACCGCUCCGCACGAUCGCUUCGCUCCCGGUGGUCGACCAUCAACAGGGAUUGUCAACAAUGGGCGGCCGCACAAAAAGCGGUUGACAAGUUGAACCCAAGUGGGCAUGAAUUUGAACUUUUGGGCACAAACUUGGUUGAAUGAUGUUUGUGAUUCAAAUUAUAUGCCAUGUGUUUUGUGUUGAUGUGUGAAAUUUGUGUCCAAAA